AUGUAUGAAAGGCUGAACAAAGCUACUCUUUCCUCUUGGGACACAUAUAUGACAAGGUCAGGGAGCUCAUCUCUGAUUGCUCUUCAAGCGUCUAUGUUGGGGCAGACAGUUGGUCUUCUGCUAGGGAGACCAAGGGAUCUUACUGGAAUUGAUAUAUUUCACGGCGCCAUGAUUGCAUGGGCACGAAAAGCGAAGCUUUUCAACUCACCACGCUUAGAACACAAUCCUCUCGAUGUCACUGGGGAGGCUCUAGAGGACAUGUGGAGGUCUUGGAUUCAAGAAGAGAUCAAGAAGAGGAUCGCCUUUGGUCUUCACACUCACGACGCGUGGCUGGCAAAACUACACAACCACGAUCCUAUUCUACGCCACUCGCCUGAUUGCAUUCCUCAGCUCUCAUCAAAUGAACUCUUCACAGCACCCAGUGCAAAUCACUGGAAAUCCCUAAUGAUAAGCUCAAGCGCUGAAAACCCCGAUUCAUCCUCAACCCAGAACUCACCCCACAACUCUACCUCCCAAGUCACCACUCCACCGGGAGACUUCGAGCUAUGCGGCAUGCUAGAAUGUAUCAGCACCAUAGCCUGCAAAGAAAGAGAACAAUGUAAUGAGCUCGAUUCUUCAUCAUCACGAACAUCCAGAUGCCACCUUCUGCUCAAAAAAUGGUACACCAAGUACCAACCCACCAUGACCGGAAAGUCCAGCUGGUUCAGCCAUAUGGCUCUCUGGCAUUCUAUCUUCAUGACUCUCAAUACGAAUUUCAACUCCCUAGAAUGCGCCUUGGGUCGAGAAGGUCACCAUGUCUCACAGGCCCACCUUCCCUACGCCCGGACCUGGGUCCGCUCCAUCAACGCAAAGCGGUGUCUACUACAUGCGAUGCUCAUUCAAAAGAACUUCGAGUCCCUCCCCACUGGCGCAGAGCCGGGAUUUCAUGUCCCGAUGUGUCUAUAUUAUUCCGGCCUUGUUUGGUCAUCCUUUAUGUGUUUUGGUGGAGAUCAGGACCCAAUUACAAUAUUCGCGGAAGACAACUUGCAGUUCGACGAAUUUAAGUUACAGGGUAUUGAUGGUAUUGGAACGUUUUUGGAGCAGACUUGUGGACUACAGCCUACUAAGCUGGCGAUGGGGUCGAUGUUUAGGAUCAUUGACUUGUUGCGACGUGUCAGUCAUUGGAAAAUUGCUCAGAGUUUGGCGUCGACGCUUUUGGCGAUUGUUGAAGAGACGCAGGAUCUAUUUUGUGCUUAA